AUGUCCGACUACUAUGACUUGCCAUUCAAUGGCCUUCUUGACUGGAAUAAUUUCUCUGUAAUUCUCAAAGAGAAAGACGUUCCCAAUCUAGAGAGAAUUGUUAAAGGAAUACCAGAAGAAAAGUACAAGAAAAUGCAUCAAAAUCUUCUUCAGGUUAGCAAGCACUUCAAGUGGAAUUCUCCUCCGGUCAAGUAUGAUUUGUUUCACAUGGUUAUGUAUGAGCUAUGGCUGCGCCACAACACCAACAAAUAUGAUUUGUUUCAAAUUGUAGAUAUGGAUUGA